AUGGCGCUAGCAGCACUCUCUCUAUGCCAUUGCUCUUCUUCUAUAACAACCUUUCUUCCUUCAAAUUCCCGUCAACCCUCAACCUUUUUCCCUCAUCUUCAAACUCAACCCUUCAUCUCCCGACUCACCAAAUCACAACCACCAAACAGCAGCUCUUUCCUUUUCCAAUUUCGUCCCUCCAUCCACUGCCGCUGCACUUCCCACAAGUCCAAUGUCGGCUUCCAAUUCGUGUCACUCGUCUCUUUGUUUCAAGAAAUCGAUAUCAGCUUUGAGGAAACCAAAUCGAUCUUGAGCAAUGCUUCCGAACUUAGCUCGAUACAACUAGAUUCAUUGCAUGGUCACAUUCUUUAUUUACAGUCUCUCGGCUUUUUGAAAAAUGAAUUGCAAGGACAGCUUAAGCAAGCCAAGCUCAAACCGAGAAUCAGGUUUCUUACUGAGUUAAGUGGCGGAGACGAGGAUAGUGUUGGGAAAGUGCUGAAUAUGUUUCCUAUUAUCUUGAAUUAUAGGGUGGAACAUGUUGAGGAACAUAUAGAGUUUUUUAGGUCUUUUGCAGACCUUGAUGAUCAACAAAUAUUUAGGAUAGUGUUGGUGUUUCCAGCUAUCUUCACUUGUAGUAGAGAGAGGAAACUGCGUCCUAGAAUACAAUUUCUCAAGGAUUGCGGGUUAGACUCUGGCGAUAUCUUUAAAUUCUUGAUCAAAGCACCGGCGUUUUUGGCCAUUUCGUUCCGCGAGAACCUUGCCUAUAAGCUUGUGUUUUUGUUCAAGAUUGGGUAUAAAUAUAGGACGAAAGAGUUGGCAGUGGCGAUCGCGGCUUCUACUAGAAUAAGCCGUGAGAAUAUGCAGAAGACGGUGAGUGUAUUAUUGAAUUACGGGUUGUCGUCAGAAGAUAUUUUUGCUAUGAGUAAGAAGCAUCCACCGACACUGCAGUAUAAUCACGCCUCUCUAGAGAAGAAGAUGAAGUAUUUGAUAGAGGAGAUGGAUCGUGACAUUAAGGAGUUGCUGGAUUUUCCUGCAUUUCUUGGAUACAAGUUAAAUGACAGAAUUAAGCAUAGGUAUGAAAUAAAGAAGGAUUUGUGGGAGGGAGAAAUGUCUCUCAAUCAGCUUUUAACUGUUUCAACUGAGAACUUCACUGGUAAACCAAAAAAGGCUUCUGUAAAAUCUAAACUGAAAUACAGGUGA